GAUUGGAGUGAUGAAUUAUGAGAAAAAUAUAAUAUGGUUUCUUAGGGGGGAAAAGACACAAGAAAACCACUACAGCUCAAGUUUCAGAAACUUUUUAAAACUUAUAAGUUUAUCUAAUAUUUUUUCAUGUUUUCUAUAUCUUUACUGAAAUUAAACUGCCCUAAUGGCUUGACGGCUUCAUCGUGUAAAGAUUACAAGUAUUUUGCGGGGUUUAGACUAUUGUAAAUGGAACAGGAAGCUUAGCUUGCUAAGGAAACCCACGCUGUGUUUUGGCGUGAGUUUUUCCUUAAAAUGGGCACAAUUUUAAAAUAUUCCAGUUGAUUAAAUGUCACACUCUGGCAGGGAGAAGUUGACCAGGAUGGCGUCCAGAGGGCUGUCUGGGCCCACAUACAAUAUCCAUCAGGUGCCAGAGCACUUCCACGAGCACUUCAUCAUCAGUGGUUAUCGGCACCCUAAGAGCACGCCCCUCCAAUGCCUACUUAGUGUGUUUGAUGCCACCAAUGAAACCUUCAACUUCUGGACACAUUUUUUGCCGUCCUGUUACUUCUUCUGGGUUUUACGUAACCUUUCAGACACUCUCGAUUUCAAGCAUGACAGCUACACAUGGCCACUGCUGGGAUAUAUGUUCGUGUGCAUCAUCUUCCCAUUAGCUAGUGCCACAGCUCACACUUUCAACACAAUGUCCACCUUGGCCCGACACAUCUGCUUCUUUAUGGAUUAUGGUGCCUUGAGUAUUUUCAGUCUAGGUGUGGCCAUUGCCUAUAGGGCAUAUUGUUUUCCAUCGGAUCUGAAAGACACCUGGUUUGGCCAACAUUAUUCAGACAUAGCCUUGGUCAAUAGCAUAAUAUGCACCAUAGUUUCCUGCCAAACCCGGUUUAUGCCAACAAGUUCCCUCAGAAAAGUCCUCCGUUUAGGUGCCUUUGCUUGGCCAUAUUGCUACGACAGUAUUCCUAUAGUAUAUCGUCUGCUGCUGUGUAGCCCCGAGGAUUGCUCGCUUCAGUCACAGUUUAUACAUGCACGUCAAUUCAUAUUUGCUCUUCUUGCAGCUUUUUUGUAUGCUACCCAUCUACCGGAGAGGCUUCACCCCGGUCGCUUCGACAUUAUAGGACAUAGUCAUCAGCUGUUUCAUGUGUGCUCCAUUCUAGGAACUAUGGACCAAAUGCAGGCCAUUCUGUAUGACAUGAGAGCCCGUGGGCCUCUCCUUCGAGGGAGAGACUGGGAAUUCAGCUGUGCUUGGAGCACAAUCGGAGUAAUAUUGUCAGUCAUGACAGUUAACUCCCUCAUCAUCUUAUUGUUUUCUCUUAAGUUAAAGUUUUAUCACAACAAAGUCAAGUAGAUAUUUGUUCAUAUUUUUUUGAAAGGUUUUCUGUUACCCAAUAGGUAAACAAAUUUGAUAUGCAAGUUCCAACUUUUAACCUCAUUGUUGUGGAGUAAUCAACCAAAUUAAAUGAGUAUUUCUUUUCAAAUAUAAAUUCCUAUGGAAUAACCAAGGAACAAUAGUUUUUAUAAAAAUUUAGUAAAUUGCAACUAUUCAGCAAUGACAGUAUCUAAAUCUAUACCAUUGCUAUUAUACAGUCAACAAAUGGUGCGAAGGCAAUAAGGCAUUUUGUUUGCCCCAAGGAAAAACUGCAGCACAAGUGCUGUUAAAUGUACUUGGGCAACAAAAGUUCUUAUCAAGGGGCUGAUAAGAUAUUGCCUGGACAUAUAUCAGUUAAAGCUUAGUUAGACUCAUUGUAAACAACAAUAAUAAUUUAUAAUAAUAAUCAAUAAGUGCAAAUUUCAACAAUAUUCUGUUUAACAUGAAAAGAUACAUGUAUAUAAGUGCUUUAUUGUUUUAUAUAUUCAUUGUAUUAUAUACUUCAUGCUGAGUGUCUGUUAACCUACGAAUGUGCAUAAAUUUUUGUCAUUCUUAUGAAUUCCACAAAAGAAGAGAACCAAUAGAUAGUCGAAACAUACAUUUCAAAAUGCAACUCUUGAGGAACUUCAUCUGGAGAUUUUAGAUUUUUAGAAAUAUUUUACUGUAAAUAAUCAAGUGAGAAAAACGAACGAAAGUGGACCAUUUACAUUAAUGUUAAGUAUUGUACACCACAGAUUUUUCAUUAUCUACAUUCCAGUAUUCUUUAUACCGGUACAACACACAAUUGUACAUUUUUCAUGCAUUCAAAUAAUACAUUAUCAAACUUCAGAAUUUAGGAACCUGGUAUGAUUUUUAAGCAGCCAUUUAUCAGUAUAUAUGAAUUUCGUUAAAAAUUUUUUAAUGUAUAUAUAUAUAUAUAUAUAUAUAUAUAUAUAUAUAUAUAUAUAUAUAUAUCAACAUAUGGACAGCGUGUUUAAGUUGUUUAAUUAUCUUUAAUUUACAAUUUGGAUAUUCUGCAUGCAAAUUGUUGACGAGAAAAAAGUGCUUCUUUACUUUUAAUAUUGACCAGUCUGAUUAAAACCAGCCCCCCUUCUCCUAUCAUGAUCAGUAGAAGAAAGGGGGCUGGUUUUAAUCAGACUGGAUAGUGACCAACCAUUGCUAUGUUAGUGCUAAAAUGAACUGUGAUAUAAUAUUGGGGUGGAUGAAAUUUUCCCUGUCUUUGACUUGUAAACAAUUAUUUACUUAUAUACAAUAUAAGUAAGAAAUGCAUUGAAUUUAAACAUGACAAAGGAAUUUCUUUAAUGCUAUGUAUUUCUACAGGACCUAUUUGUGGGAUUUUUUUUUUUUUUUUACGAAUCACAUGACACUGUUGUUCACAUUUUUUACCAUUGUUUACAAAAUCAGGUAAUUUUGAUUUGACUUAAUUUUGAUUUAGAGGUAUUUUUCAACAUUUUAAAAUUCAAAACUGUUUAUUCCUGAUUGCAUAAUAACAUGUACAGUAAAACAAGCUUACAGUGAACACGCUUAUAAUGGAUUCGUGCUUACAGUAAAACAAGGUUACAGCGAACACGCUUAUAAUGGAUUCGUGCUUACAAAGAGGUGAUUUUCAUUCCCUGAAGUUUUAAAACAAAUUAUGAACUUAUUGGAAAUAACAAAUUACGUUUAUGACAAAUUAAAAUUCUUUGUCCCUAGCACUUCGCUAUAAACGUGUUGUACUGUUUAUGUACACGUAUUAAGUUGUAGCAAAUUUAUGAUAAUUUGAAAACAGCUGAGAAAUGAAGAUCUUUAUGCCUACUGCUAUUUGGCAAUUUGAUGGGCAUUUUUUGACUAAUAAUCAGCUGAUGUUUGAAUUUUUGGGAACACCGGGGUAUCUUUGUUCACCGCUAUGAGAACAUGCUUUAGUUCAACAUGAUUCUGAUUUUGUUUUUAUGAAUUGGAUUGUGAAGGACUGAGAAACUCUGUAUCUUUUUACUUAUAUGAGUUCAAGCAUUUUAUUGUAUACAUUAUGUUCUUGUAUUGCAAAUCUUUACAUGUAUUGCAAGUCUGUUAACACUAUGUUAUCAUUCGUUCAUAUUCGUGUUCAGCCGUUGAGGAUAUUUUUGUAACCAGAUAUUCUUUCUUUUACUAAGGAUAGUCACACAAAAUUAUUUUUUGAUGCUAGUGUGUUGUAAUAUUAUAGAAGCUUAUUGUAAUACUUUCUGUAUUGCUGCAAUAUAUUGUAUUGAAAACUUGUUUAUGAUGAAUACCUGUUUACGAUGAACACCUAUUUACGAGGGCCACACUUCCAUUCGGCCUCAUUUUGUAAACAGUUCCUAUUAAAUGCUCGAUAUUGUACAUAUAUUGUAACUAUUUUAGAAAAUAUCAAGAUUAAUGACCACACAAAACACAUGUAUAUUCAAUUUUGGGGGUAUUAUGUGAAUGUGUGAAAAUUUGCAUAGGUGGGACACUGCAUAUGUAAGAUUAUCAUGGGUACCAAAUUAGGUUAACAUCAUAUACCCCCCCCCCCCCUUCCCCUCCUGAUAUUUACAUUUUAAAACCAUCUCUUCCUCAUAUACCAGCUUAAUGACAUCAACCUAAUUUAAAUACUAGCCACACCUUCUGAUGUCAGGACUAAUCAGAUUUGGCGUUCAGAGUAAGAACAUUGGUGCAAUCAGGACUGUCCAGGUAUAUUCGAUACUGGUUACUUUUGACCAACAUCGGAAAUUUGAUAAAUGAAAUAUAGAAGAGAUUGCUGUCUCUUUCCCUGUUUUAUUUAUCGGUACAUUUCCCGUGUGCUUUAGCGAAAUGCAAUACCAAAAUAUGUAGCACAAUAAAGUAUUGGUGCUUAGAUUGUAGAGGGACUCCCAUGUUUUGUUUCUGACGGUCAGCUUGACUGCAGAAGAGAAUAUAUUUUCAUAUAGAUUACCUUUACUUAUUUUUGCAAAGAGUUUUUAAGAUCAAGCUUUGAAAGACUUUUAAAAGUGGCUUAUUUUGAUUAUGUAUGUCCCGUAUGUGUGCCAACACAAUGUACUUGUGAGUCUUUUGUUCUGAUCAUAAAAGUUCUUUCAAAAAUCAUUUUUUAUUUACCUAUUUAAAAUAUCAAAUGGAUGUCCAUUCAUGUAUACAGACAGUCUAUAGUCUGGUGUGAUUUGUCUACAAGUAUGAACAGUUUUAUAAGUAUACUAUCAUUUAUUCCAUCUAAUUAAAAUCAGAUCCCUAAAGAAGAUCUGAUUUUAAUUAGAUUGUCAUUUAUUUAUUUUAAAAAUUUGGAAAUAUUUGUUUAAUAUCUGAUAUAUAUAGGUUGAUAGAACAUUUUUACUACCUAUACACUUUUAGCAAAUUUUAGAUAAAUCGUAAUUCAUUUAGAGCAAUACACAAAAUCUUCUUAGAUUGUUUACCAUAUGGUGUUAGCGUGUACAUGUGUUUUCUGUAAAAGUACAGUUUAUCUGAACAAUUUACCAUAAUAUGAUGCAAACUUUCAAGUUAAUUCAAAUUAUCUAUCAACAGUCAGAGUUAUGUCCCUUGACUUCCAGUUUGCUGUUGAAACUUCCUUUCUUCACAUUACCAAGUUCCUCAACUUCCUACUGAAUUUACAAAUCAAUUUCAAGCUUCUGUAUUAAUCUUUUGGUUGCCUUAUUUCUGGGCACAUUGCCCAACUGAAAACUGUAUCUAGAUUUUUAAAAAUUACCAAUACAUCCUGUUCAUUUAGAGAUGCCAAAAUGUAAACGAUUGGAUUCACGAGAUGGUGGUCAGAGGACAUAACUUUUGUGAAUAAUUUUGAGUGUCGUUUGGCGUACGAGGAAGUACGACUGUCGUUGAGUUGAAUGCUGUUAUUGUACUGUGUCGCACACAAUUCUUGCUGUAAUGUGCAAUUGAUCUAGAACCUUUUUCGCUUUGUUUCUUGUUAUCAAAAUAUUACGUUGUAGUUUUAUUUGUUACACUCUGCAAUUAUUGUAAUAAAAUUUGUACUUGUUAAUCUUCA